GACCUAGACCCCUCCUUAUCCUGGGAAUGAUAAGCUCACCCCGCAUCUAUACAGGCCUGAGAAAAGCCGAUGAGGUACAUGGUUUACGAUCCGCACUUGAGCUCAGCAUUAUCGAUCUGUGUUUCUUUUCGAUUGCCGUUCUCCUCACACGAAGACACCCAACCAUGUUCCGUCGCAAGGACAAGCCCGCGAGGGAGCCGCCAGAGGUAUUUAGCUAUGACCGUGACGUGCCCGUCUCACUGGUGAAGCGCCACUACCAGCUACUCGUCGACAUGGGCCACCUGCACCCAGAGGCCGUCCAGGCGCCAUCCGAGCCAAGGGGGUGGUCCGACGCGGAGCUUAACGUUGAUGCGCUGUGGACGUUAGGCUGGGCCGCCAUCUGUGCCCCAAAGGACCCAGAAGCCAAGGCAAUCAAGAAUCUGUACCGUGAGUACGGUUGGCUAGGCGCCUUUAGGAAGGAGGAAUUUCUCUGUGCUGCCGUGCCAGCUCGCGCGGCCAUCAUUGAUGACCAGUACAGUUGGUCAGACGAGGACUGA